AUGACUACCAAACACUGCCUAGUGUUGCUCUUUGGAGCGGUGCUUCUCAGCACUGUCUCAGUAUUCGCUGAUCACCAUGAGCCUCCCAAACAAGAGAACAAACCUCCUAUUCACAAGCCACCAACCCUUCUUGAUAAUGAGGAUAAGAAGCCAUUCCCAGAGCACAAGCCACCAGCCCAUAAUGAUGAACCUCCCAAGGGUAAGGGAAAGGGAGAGAAACCACCACCAGAGCACAAGCCACCGCAUGAGCAACACCCUGGACGACUUUUACUCGAGUCCCACUCCCUUGAACAAAAUUCACCAAGUUUAGCCGGCAAGCCUCCGGCCAAGGGAGCAAAGCCACCUCCAAAACACAAACCACCAACCCCACUCGACAAGGGAGAGAAGCCAUUCCCAGAGCACAAACCACCAACCCAUGGUGAUGAACCUCCCAAGAGUAAGGGAAAGGGAGAUAAGCCAUCUCCAGGGCACAAGCCUCCUCAUGAUCAUCACCCUGGAGACCACUCUGUGGAGGAUGCAGAAGACUCCCACAAGCCACCCAGAAAGUUGAAGCCUCCAACUGCUGUAAAGAAGCCACCAACUCCCUCUCACAAGCCACCCCACAAACCUCCGUCCGCAAACUAA